AUGGAAGACAAGAUAGAGACGGCUGAUAAGAAGGUGCUGGUUGAUAUUGUAAGAUUGGCACAAAAAAGAGGCCUGAGGGGUAAAUUGGGAGGUUGGAAAGAAUUCUUGGACAAUCAUGAUAAAAAGUUUGGGGCUAAUUUGAGUGAUCCAUCAAAGCGAUCCCAUGAGAUAUUGACUGCAUUUCUAAAGUCAUUUUCGGAGGAGGAAGAUUUAAAGUUUUUUGAUAAUAUCAUGCGGCAUCAUGCAAACCAAUACAUGUUGGAGCAACUGAAAGAUAAAUCCUAUGAGUCUCCCGAGCAGGUAUUCUUCAUUUUGUAA